AUGGUGGGAACUACAAACGCAAACGCUGCCAACUCAGCAAAGCAAGCUGCUACCAAGAUGCAUCGCCGCUCGCGGACUGGAUGCUUCACAUGCCGCCUUCGACGCAAGAAGUGCGACGAGGGAAAGUCGUCUUGCCGCGCCUGCAAACAUCUUGGUCUGAAGUGUGAAUACAAGAGGCCAAUGUGGUGGGGCAACAACGAGCAAAGGCGCAACCAAAAGGAGAUCAUCAAGAACAUCAUCAAGCGGACGAAGCUCAACGAGAAGACGGCCCAAGGUGUCACAUUAGGUGCCAACACUCCUCCAAGCUUAUGCCAUUCUCUCCCCACAUCCGACACAUUCUCAGAUGGUAUUGCCUGCACGCGGGCUCCAUCCGUCGACUCGCAACUUUCAUUAGAUUACAACUUCAACCAAGUCGCUACACCCGACUUGUACAAUUCUGUCUCUAUGCCCCCUCCUAUGUUUGCCCCAUCCUUCAACCACCCCGGCCAGUUCGCACCCUACGAAGUGGACAUCAAGACAGAGAGCCAAAUGUUCAUCAACGACAUUCCUACACGACGAGAUUCUACAAUCUCCACUUUCAGCACCUAUCAAGCACCCCCCGUUGUCGGCUACCCAUACCCGGCGGAGAACUGGAUACAGCAAGACUACUUCGAGAGCCGUCGCGAAUCAUUCGCCGAGGAGCCGCUCGAUUUCCAGGUCUUCGAUUUCCCCCACGGAUCAUUCAGCCCGUCGCACCAGUCUCUCAUUCAGGUUGACGAGUGCGACCAGCACCUCCUCAAUCACUUCAUUGAGAAUGUUCUGCGAUUGAUCUUCCCCAUUCUGGAUGUCAACCAGCACGGAUCUGCGCGCACAGAUGUCAUUCUCCCAGCAUUGGAGUCGAACAAGACCUACCUCCACUGCUGCUUGAGCAUUUCCGCACUGCACUUGAAAGCGACCGAGAGGAUUCAGGGUGAACAAAUCGACAACGACAUCAUGCGCCACCGAUAUGCCACCAUCUCUGAACUCUGUGAGGCACUCAACCGCGACACUGAUCACUCACAGAUCCUCGAGGCCACGCUCGGUAUGAUCUUCUUCCAAUGCUCUGUGGGCCGUCCAGACGAUUGCCUUCCUGAUAUUCCCUGGCACCAACACUUCCAGGCAGCAACAAGUCUUGUCCACAAGCUCGAGCUUCCAUCACACCUCGUGGCUUUGAACGGGCAACCUCACUCACAGCCACCGUUCAACAUGACUCUCGCUUCCUGGAUCGAUAUCCUUGGUGCUACCAUGCUCGGUAGGACGCCCGCAUUUGCAGAUACCUAUCGCGAGAAGCUCAUCGGCGACUCGCCUUCGGGUCUUGCGGAGCUCAUGGGUUGUGAAGACCGCAUCAUGUACUUGAUCUCUGAGAUCGCUUGCCUCGAAGCCCUCAAGUUGGAGAAGAUGGAUGAGGUCCAACUCUGCGCACAUAUCAAGCUCCUUGGUGAUCAGAUCAGUUUGUCCGAGCCCCCGCCAGGCACCGUUGCGAACGCCUACUCCGCCACAGGCGCGAUCCGACCAAAACAGCUCAGCCGCAACAUGACCGCUGUCUUCCGCUUGGCUGCUCGAAUCUAUCUUUGCAGCCUGGUUCCAGACUUCGAUCGAACCCAGGCAAGCAUCUCCAACCUGGUCAGGGCCAUGAGCGAGGCAAUGGAAUUCAUCCCCGCGGGUCCCGAUGGCUUCGACCGCUCCCUCGUCUGGCCUCUGCUCAUUGCUGGAUCAGUCUCGCUACCUGGUUCCUCUUUCCGCAAGAUGUUUGCCGAGCGUGCCGGUCGCCUGGGAGAGGCUUCUGCUUUUGGCUCUUUUGGAAGGAUCAAAGAGCUUUUGAAAGACGUUUGGCUCGUCAACGACGACAACCUCGCGAACGGCAGCAAACAGAGCGUCCACUGGAGGGACGUGAUGCGACAGAAGCACUGGGAUUUCUUGUUGAUCUAG